AGACAAUUCGCCUGGUUAAUAUAUUUUUAUGUUAGCCAUCAGAGACUUAACGUAGGGCAUCUUAUUUCAAAUUUAUCUGCUAUUCAAAUGAAUAUGAAUAAAAAAUCACUUUUAGAAAAUAAAGAAAUAUUUUACCAAUGGUUAGUUGGUUUUACAGAUGGGGAUGGAACUUUUUCUAUUAAUCGUCAAAGUAACAAUAAAUGGUCUUUAACAUUUAAAUUGUCUCAAAGUACAUAUAAUUUAAGAUUAUUAUAUUUUAUUAAAAGUCAAUUAGGUGUUGGACAACUUAACAUAGAAAAAAAUAAUAUGGCUAAUUUUAGAAUAAGAGAUCGUUUAUUAUUAAAAUCAAUUAUAUUUCCUAUUUUUGAUAAAUAUCCUCUACUUACAACUAAAUACUUUAAUUAUAUUAAAUUUAAAGAAGCAUAUUCUGUAUUAUCUGAUAAUUCGUUAUCUUCCACAGAAAAAAAUACAAUUAUGACUAAAAUUGUUAAUUCAAAACCAUCUGUAAAUUAUAUUUCUCCUGCAUGGUUAUUAGUUAAUAAUAAUGUAACUAAUUUUGAAUCUGCUUCUAAAGUAAUGAGUAAACCUUGGUUAAUUGGAUUUACGGAAGCUGAAGGUAGUUUUUAUUUAGUGGCUAAAUCUACUAAUAGAUUAGUUCACGCUUUUGAAAUAACUCAAAAAUUAGAUAAAAUUGUACUAGUAGCUAUAAAAUAUAUUUUAGGUAUUAGUACUAAUGUUAAAAUAUUUAAAACAGGGUCAUUCUCAAUAGUUACAACUAACUCUCGUGCAAUUGAAAAUAUAAUUAAAUAUUUUAACCACACAAUGAAAGGUAUGAAAUCUUUAGAAUAUCGUAUUUGGUCUCGAUCUUACACUAAAUAUAAAGGUAAUUUUAUAGCUUUAAAUAAUAUUAGAAAUCGAGUAAGAGUUAUAAAAAAG